AUGGGAUCCGGUGUUUUCACCUUAGUAUGGCCGACAACAAAAUUAAUAGGAAUAAAAAACUAUUUAUAACAAUAACUAAUUUUAUCAAUUAAUAAUCUACAAUUUACUUAAAUAAAUUAAAAUUAAUUAGUUGUCGACACUGGGACUUCCCAAGCGGUCCCCCACCUUAGUACUAACCCAGCCUUAAGGCGCUUAACUUCGGAGUUCGAAUGGGAUCCGGUGUUUUCACCUUAGUAUGGCCGACAACAAAAUUAUUAUCAAUAAAUAACUAUUUAUAACAAUAACAUUCAAUUUGCUUUUUCACUAAAUAAUCUACAAUUUACUCAAACAAAUUAAUAUUAGAAAAAAUAAUAUUUCUUAAAUUAUUAAAAAUUAUUUUAAUUAAAAUAAAAAGGUUGUCGACACUGGGACUUCCCAAGCGGUCCCCCACCUUAGUACUAACCCAGCCUUAAGGCGCUUAACUUCGGAGUUCGAAUGGGAUCCGGUGUUUUCACCUUAGUAUGGCCGACAACAAAAUUAAUAUCUAUAAAUAACUAUUUAUAACAAUAACUUUUAAUUUGUUUUAUCACUUAAUAAUCUACAAUUUACUUAAAUAAAUUUAUUUGGUAAAAAUAAUAUUCUUAAAUGGUAAAAAAUUAUGUUAAUUAAAAUAAAAAGGUUGUCGACACUGGGACUUCCCAAGCGGUCCCCCACCUUAGUACUAACCCAGCCUUAAGGCGCUUAACUUCGGAGUUCGAAUGGGAUCCGGUGUUUUCACCUUAGUAUGGCCGACAACAAAAUUAUUAUCAAUAAAUAACUAUUUAUAACAAUAACAUUCAAUUUGCUUUUUUACUAAAUAAUCUACAAUUUACUCAAACAAAUUAAUAUUAGAAAAAAUAAUAUUUCUUAAAUUAUUAAAAAUUAUUUUAAUUAAAAUAAAAAGGUUGUCGACACUGGGACUUCCCAAGCGGUCCCCCACCUUAGUACUAACCCAGCCUUAAGGCGCUUAACUUCGGAGUUCGAAUGGGAUCCGGUGUUUUCACCUUAGUAUGGCCGACAACAAAACUAAUUGCAAUAAAUAACUAUUUAUACUAAAUAUAUUUUUAUAAAAUCACUUUAUUUUAUUUUAAAAUAUAUUCUAUUAAUCAAAAUUAAAAAGAUAAUUAUUUUUUAAAAUGA